GUGUGCCGAAGCAGCGUCUUUCGUUUCGUUAUCCUUUUCUGUGUUUUGAUACAACCCUACCUUUCAACAAACAAUCUUUUACAUUCUCACCUCCUCUGUUUAUAUCCAAACCCUAAUCUCAAUUUUUCUGUCUUCCUAUUAUACCAGAUCUCAAAUUUAUUAAAUUAAAUCAUACAACAGGGUAGAUUAUUUUUCAUUUUAUUUUAUAUUAUAAUAAUCGUUUCGCGUUUUUGAACCGACAAUUAAUCGGCGAGGUUAAGCGUUAAACUUUGAAUAUUAGUACUGUAAUUAAACACUAAAAUCGAUUUUCUUUGGUGGUGAAUUUGUGAUUAACAAUGGUUGGUGGUGGAAGCAGAAGGGAUGAGGGUUCGUUGGUAAUUUCCAACACCAACGUUUUUGCAGCGCUUGAUACUUUGAAGAAGAAGAAGAAAUCUGAUAAGGACAAGAAGAAUAAGGGUUCCUCCAAAUCAACCAAAUCGGAAUCGGAAUCGCAGGCGUUUUGGGCUCCGGCACCGUUGAAUGCGACCUCAUGGGCUGAUGUCGAUGACGACGAUGAUGAUUAUUAUUUGACCACCGCACCGCCUCAAUUUUCUGAUCCUCAACCCAGUGAGGACAAACCGGAGCAUUUUGAGGAUACUGAGAGCGAGGAAGAUAUUUUAGAUGACGGUGAUGAAGAGGAGGAAGAGCAAGACCAUGAGCCAGAACCAGAGCAUGCUGUGAAGACUGAACCUGAGGUUAAGAAGCACGCUGAAGUUCCUGUGAUGCCAAAGGAGGCAGAGCGACAACUCUCCAAAAAGGAAAGGAAGAAAAAGGAACUUGAAGAGCUUGAGGCUCUUUUAGCUGAUUUUGGAGUCACUCAGAAAGAAAGUAAUGAUGGUCAAUCUCAAGAUGAGUCGCAAGCAGGAGUACCUCAGGAUAAGAAAGGUGUUGAAGGGGAUGUUGAUGGCGAAAAGAAAGAAAUUGCUCCCGAGUCCAAGAAUGCCAAGAAGAAGAAAAAGAAGGAUAAAGCUUCCAAGGAGGUGAAAGAAGCUAACGGCCAUCCGAAUAGCUCAGAAACAAACAAUGGGCCUGAUAUGGCUACAGGCACCGAAAAUUCGGAGGAGGAUCUUUCCGUUGUUGACGUGAAAGAACGUCUCAAGAAAGUUGCUUCUAUGAAGAAGAAGAAAUCGAGUAAAGAAAUGGAUGCUGCAGCUAGAGCUGCUGCUCAAGAAGCUGCUGCUAGGAAUGCAAGGCUUGCUGCAUCAAAGAAAAAGGAGAAGAACCAUUAUAAUCAACAACCAGUGCGGUAAAAGAACCUUGCUCUCCUUUACAUCAAUACAGGAAUUUGUAUUUCUUGUUUAUAUUAUGAUGUCGAAUAAAUUGUUGGCUUUAGGCUCUGGUGACUCUAGUCGUACUCCAAUAGACUUGAUAUAUAUUGUCUUAUGCUUUUUUUGGGUUAGUGUUGUUUAAUUGUUAUAGACAAUGACAUUUUGGCACAGAUUUUUAUCUUUUAAAAUUACAUGAACUAUGUUAUUGUACACCGGGGUUCUUAUGUCGUGUAUGAUCAAUUACAUCCCAUGAGAGUAGUUGAAGUUCACUCUUGAA